CGGAAGUUCCUGUGCGGGAGAGUCCCACUUCCUCUUGGGUGUUUGGGUGUGCGUGGCAGGAGAGGCGGGGCCAAUGCUGCUCUGGUUUCUCUCGGGUUUGGCGCUACCGCGAGUGCGGGCGGCGACUGCUUGCGCAAGUCAGCUUGCCUGGGAAAGGGCUUUGUGGCAGAAAGCGUCUGGUUCCUCGCCACAAAGACUCCGCUGGCGUUAGCGGUUCGGCGGCCGUCCCUGCGUAAGAUAGCCACUUUUCUCCGACGCUGCUGAAAGCUUUCUCCAAGUGCUGCAGUCUUUCAUCGCUUUACAGGAGCCAUGCCUCGGGGACGGAAGAGUCGGCGCCGCCGGAACGCAAAGGCAGCUGAAGAGAAUCGCAACAAUCGCAAGAGCCAGGCCUCAGAGGCUUCUGAGACCCCGAUGGCGGCUCCUGUGGCCCCGAGCACACCCGAAGAAUACCUGAGCGGCCCUGAGGAAGACACAAGCACCCCGGAGAAGGCCUCCAGUACUCCUGCAGAAGCCUCCAGCACUGCCCUAGUGCAAAAGCCGGUUACUCGGAGCAAUUUUCAGGGCACCAAGAAAAGUCUCCUAAUGUCCAUAUUAGCCCUCAUCUUCAUCAUGGGCAACAGCGCAAAGGAGGCCCUGGUAUGGAAAGUGCUGGGGAAGUUAGGGAUGCAGCCUGGGAGGCAGCACAGCAUCUUUGGAGAUCCGAAGAAGGUCGUUACAGAAGAGUUUGUACGCAGAGGGUAUCUGAUUUAUAAGCCAGUGCCCCGCAGCAGUCCAGUGGAGUAUGAGUUCUUCUGGGGCCCUCGAGCACACGUGGAAUCCAGCAAGCUGAAAGUCAUGCAUUUUGUGGCAAGAGUUCGGAACCGAUGCUCCAAAGACUGGCCAUGUAACUAUGACUGGGAUUCAGAUGAUGAUGCAGAGGUUGAGGCUAUUCUCAAUUCAGGUGCUAGGGGUUAUUCUGCUCCAUAGAGAGAUCCUAGGCAGACCCUUAGGAGUGGAAAAGAGAAUCCAAAGUACUCCAUGGAGUAGAUAGGCAGGGUCCUGAAUUCAAAAGGUUUGUGGAGGGUGGGGAGGGCACUGUAUUUGGUAUUUGUGAUCAGUGCUAAUUGUUAAAUUGCAAAGUAGUAUUUGCUCUAGACAUUGUAAUCUUGUAUUCAUUUUAUAACACUGUUGAUUAAGAGUCACAAUAUGUUUAAAUAUAUACUUGAGGAGAAGUUUAUGUUAUUUUUCCUGUCGUUGACAUUUGGUAUUAACAGCUGUGCUAACCUUAUUAAAUGAAGUCCUUCUGUGAUGUUGUGUGAUGGAUAGAAAGUACCACUGAGAGACUUUGUUCUUUGAAAGUUUGGAAUAACCAGUACAAUGUAAGUGGAGGAAGAUAACAGAUUUGUUCGGUUCCCUUGUGUCUGAUGUCUUGUAAUGAAACACAUUUGUGAAUAUGCUGACUGCGAAAAUAGUAUAAAUAAAAGAAUAGUAAACAGAA